AUGCAAGAAAGCGAAAGAGAUGAUUUUUUUCAGGAAUGGAUGUUCGAUAACGAGCAAAUGUUUAAAGAUAAAAUUAAACAAAGAAGACGUGAAGAUGUUGCUAUGCUAGAGGAGAUACUGGAACAAAAUCCACAAGAAUAUCCUUUUCAGAAGAAAUGGGUAGAUGUUAAGGAUCAACUCCUCUCUCAUCCAAAGUUGCAAAAUAUGAUGAAGAUAGACGUCCUACAAGUAUGGGAAGAAUGGGUAAGACAUGGAUAUGAUCAAGAAAGGAAACAAAGACAAGCACAAAACUUUCGUAAAGAAAGGAAGAGAAGAGAUGCAUUUAAGGAAUUAUUACAAGAUGCAAUAGAUAAAGGAGAACUAAGUAGUCGUACAGAUUGGGUAACAUUUGUAUCUAGUAUAAGUAAGGAUAUAAGAUAUACAUCUAUGAUAGGACAGAGUGGUAGUACACCAAGAGAAUUAUUUAAUGAUAAAAUAUAUUAUUUACAACAACAACAUCAAUACCUACAACAUUUACUCAAAAAAUAUUCAGAUAAAUCAUCUAUUGAUCUAAAAGAUCAACAUCUAACAUUUAAUCAGUAA